AUCACUCCAGCAUACUACCAAGCCGGCAAUACCAAAGACCACACUUGUUGCUCGUGGAGCUUCUGGCAGCCUCCCCCCGGCCUUGUUCCAUCGCUGAAGGCCAUCCGGCUAUAGAGCAGCGGUCGCUUGCCUGCGCCGUGCACUGCCCCGACCAUCCACCCCCGCACCUGGCCGCUGGGGGCUAGCGUGGGCCAAGAUGGUGCUGGCGGAGCUGGGACAGCGCAUCUCGCAGGCGCUGGGCUCCCUGAACGCCGUGCCCGUGGUGGACGAAGCGGUGCUGGAUGCCUGCCUCAAGGAGAUCGCUACCGCGCUGCUGCAAGCAGACGUGAACGUGCGGCUGGUGGCCAACCUUAGGAACAAUGUGAAGAAGCGGGUCAACAUGGAGCAGCUGGCCAGCGGACUGAACAAGCAGAAGGUCAUCGAGAAGGCUGUGUUUGACGAGCUGUGCUCCAUGCUGGACGGCGGGGACCCCAAGAAGACGGAGCUGAAGAAGGGGAAGACCAACAUCGUCAUGUUUGUGGGACUGCAGGGCGCGGGCAAGACCACCACCUGCACCAAGUAUGCCUUCCUGUGGAAGAAGAAGGGGUUCAAGCCAGCCAUGGUGUGCGCGGAUACCUUCCGCGCGGGCGCCUUUGACCAGCUGAAGCAGAACGCCACCAAGGCGCAGAUCCCCUUCUACGGCUCCUACACCGAGACCGACCCCGCCAUCAUCGCGCAGCAGGGCGUGGACCGGUUCAAGAAGGAGGGGCGCGACCUCAUCAUCGUGGAUACCAGCGGCAGGCACAAGCAGGAGGAGGCACUGUUUGAGGAGAUGCGGCAGGUGGCGGCAGCCGUCAACCCGCAGCACGUCAUCUUUGUCAUGGACGGAUCCAUCGGCCAGGCGGCGUUCGACCAGGCCAAGGCCUUCCACGAGAGUGUGGACGUGGGCCAGGUCAUCAUCACCAAGCUGGACGGCCACGCCAAGGGCGGCGGCGCGCUGUCGGCGGUGGCCGCCACCCGCUCCCCCAUCACCUUCAUCGGCACGGGCGAGCACAUGCACGAGUUUGAGUCGUUUGAGACGCAGAAGUUUGUGGGGCGGCUGCUGGGGCGCGGCGACUGGGGCUCCUUCAUAGACAAGGUCAAGGACGUGAUACCAGAGGAAGAUGCGCAGCAGGAGCUGAUUGACAAGAUCAGCAAGGGGGAGUUCACGCUCAGGAUUAUGUACGAGCAGUUUGCCAACAUCAUGAAGAUGGGGCCCAUGGGGCAGGUGAUGUCGAUGAUCCCCGGCUUCUCCAACGCGCUCAUGCAGCCGGGCAGCGAGAAGGAGAGCCAGGCCAAGAUCAAGCGGUACAUGACCAUCAUGGACAGCAUGACGGAGAAGGAGCUGGACAGCAGCAGCACCAAGCUGCUGGGGGAGCAGAGCCGCAUCCUGCGCUGGGCGCGCGGGUCGGGCAGCAGCGUGCAGGACGUGCUGCUGCUGCUGGAGGAGUACAAGCGCCUGGCCAAGGUCUUCUCCACUGCUAUGAAGGGCAUGAAGCUGCCCAAGAACAUGAAGGGAGACAUCAACCCCCGCAACAUGCAGCAAAACAUCGCGCAGAUGUCGCGCAUGCUGCCUCCGCACAUGCUCAAGAUGAUGGGCGGCCCCGCGGCGAUACAGUCGCUCAUCAAGCAGAUGGAGGGCAAGUUUUGAUGAACGUCGCGCUGCUGCUGCUCGGCAGCAGAAGCCGGCAGCAGGGCUUGCCAGGUCAUUGCCCUCACGUUGCAGCACCAUGCAGCGAGCGCUUGCUCGUGUUUCUCCAUCAGACCAUCCCCAGCACUUGGUUUACUCUUUUACCCAGCGGCCUAUCUUCGCUUCCUCUCCCAGCUCGAGCCUCUGCUUUGCUCCUCAUUUGGCAACACCGACUCUGCAUGGCACGUGCACACUGCUCCUGUGGGCCUUUGUAACAGCACUCUGAC